GUUCAAGGAUUUAGACAUGGUUCGAUGUUGGGAGAUGCUGAGGAGUCCUGAUAGUGUGUUUGAAGGCAUUUUCCACCUGGUCCGGAACUUGUUCAACUACUCCAAACAUGAGCUGAAGGUCAUGUUCCGACAGGCCAACCUCUACCUGCGCCACCCCGAUUUAAGGCAUAAAACCAUCGGGAUGGUUUUCUUUUCAGAGCUGCUGUACCAUCCAGAAAUUUGCCAAUUCUUUGUCAUCCAAGACAUCCUCCAGGUGCUGAUGGAAUGGAUGAGCCAGCCAUAUCCGCUGAUACAGAUCUUCAGUGUUAGAGCAUUGGGGAACCUCAUCCAACAUCCGUUUGAGAAGAACAUCUUGGAGCCACUGUUGAUGCCAGUGCUAAACUGCGCUUGUCACGAAAAGAAGACCGUGGCGAAGGAAGCUAUAAGGACCCUGCGUUUCCUCCUCAGACACCUCGAGAUAGAAACCCAUGCAUGGAAGGCAGUCAACCUCAUUCCGCUCCUUCUAAAAUAUUUUCAUGAUGACGACAUCGAACUGAGGAAUACCUCCAUCACCAUUUUCGGCAUGCUCCUGAAAGGACUGAAGGAGAUACGGAAUAGUAAUAUGGCGGAAAACAUCCUGAACAGCCUUGUUCCUCUAGUCAUACUACUCUCAAAUGAUCGGACGAAAGAGGUCUCCAGGAAGACCCUCGACUCCUGCGUGUCCUUUAUGAACUGGGGGGGCUUUCCCAGCAACUUGUUUGACUAUGAAAUGUACACCAGUCUCCAUAGCAUGUACUCCAACAUCUGCUACGUGGUUAUGAAUAAAUGCAAGCAAAACCUUCCUGCAAUGUUGGAUCAGAUGCUGGGAUUCCUGAGGAGCCGGAACUCUUCCCAUCGCGAGGCAGCUGCCCUCUUAAUUGGCUGCUGCGCGCAAUACAUGCAACCGGAAGUGGUGACUUCAAAACAAAUCGAAGAGGUUUUCCUUGGUCUCCGGGAUCUGCAAGGCGAUCGUGAAGCCUCGGUGGCUCAGGCUGCAGCUGACUCAAUGGAAGAAAUCUUUCGGCAGUGUGGCCAUCGAAUCAAUCCAGAUCUUAUUAGUAGUCAACUCCUCUCCAAGGCCAUCAGGAGGAUCUCCGAGACCAAGCAAUAAUAGUUUAAUAGUUUAAUAGUUUUCUUUAUUAUCAUGGCACCUCAUACAAUUAAAGUGCCAUCUUCACUGUAUAUUAUACUUUUUAAAAUCCCCAUAAAAAUAAAACAAAAACACA